CUUCGCUUCUCCCACCGCCUCUUCUCUCGCGCUGCCUUUCAAAUGAGUUUCGCUCCAUCCUUUUAAGGCGGCUGCACCUGGAAGCAAAGCACAAGGCGGGGCCGCCGGGACGGGGCGGCGAUGGGGGUGAGCUGGGGCGUCCUCUGCGCCCUCCUGGCUCUGCUGGGGGUGUCGAGCUUCAUCUUCCUCGUGGUGGCUAUCGCCACGGACUUUUGGUACAUCAUCGACGCCUCCAAGCUGGAGACGUCCCGCAACGGCACCGAAGGGCUGAGCUCGCACUCGGGGCUCUGGAGGACCUGCCGCGUGAGGAGUGAAUGCUACCCCUUGAUAAACCCCUUCUGGCAUGAGAAUGCAAACAUCACUGAUUCACACAGACAGCUUUUGUACAUGCAUGGAACAUUUGUCAUCCUGAUGCCCCUCAGCUUGAUACUGAUGAUUUUUGGAGGAAUGACUGGAUUCAUCAGUAUUCUUGCCAGGGCCUACCUACUGCUUCUAAUGACAGGACUGCUUUUUCUUUUUGGAGCUCUUGUUACACUUACUGGGAUCAGUGUCUAUAUUGCAUAUUCAGCUGCUGCCUUUGAAGAAGCUCUGUGCCUCCUGAGGAGUAAGGAUCUCCUGGUAGAAAUCGACAUCAGGUUUGGCUGGUCACUGGCACUAGUCUGGAUCUCCUUUGUCACAGAAGUGCUCACCGGGGCUGUGUUUCUUCUGGCAGCAAGAGUUGUGGGUCUGAAACGGCGUGAACAGAUGUUAUGAGCAACUGGUAUCAGUGCAACAACAGAAACCCGCAGAACCUAGAAAUAUGGGUUGUUUGGUCCAUCUGGUCACUUGGGGUAAUAAAAGUGGCAAGGCUGUGAUUGAGUAUCUUGUCAACUGCAAUAAACCCUGUUUCUCACGGUUAGCUAUAAAACACAAAGAUUCGGAUAAAUCAGUAAAACAUUUCAAGUGUUGUCAAUAAGGAAACCCCUGUGACUUUAGAAGAAAGUACCUUCCAGCGUUAGUGUUUCCAAAACAAUUUUAGCUGGCAGCACAUAAGUCGUCUCCAUUCAUUGCUCAGAACAAGGCAGAUUUCUUGCUUUCUUUUCUCCUUUCUACUAUCCCAACAAAGUGCCUCAGAGUACUCCGCAGGCCAGUCUGCUUCGUCUAUUUGGUUUUUGGUUUCUCCUCUGAGACUCCUAAUAAGUACAGCUGAGAUUCCAGUUGUUUGGGCAGCCUUUGCUAGCGGAGCUGCUCUGAGAUGGCUGAUUCAUGGCAGGUAGCGUGACCUUCCUGCUGCCUUUGGGGGCACAGAAGAUUAUAUGAUGGCUGUACACCUGAAGCCAGCAGAGAACGUGAGGCGUAAAUACCCUCAAUUAAUAUUGCAUACUUAACAUGGUUUUGUUGCACAAAGUAAAAUCAAAAGUAAAGAUCCAGAACAGGAAGAACUUCAGAAUGCUUGGAGAACUCCAGCGAUAAUCCCCAGCACCAGGGCAUGUCUAGGACAUCUGUGGAGGUGAAUAUUAAUCUAGUCUGGUGUACACCAUCUGUAUUUGUAGGAUCUUUCUUUUCCCUUAUGUCUCCCCAGAGAGGCUGUCCUUUCCCCUGCACCACAAUCACACUGUUUCUUGUGACAACCCAAAAGUGAGCUGAUUUGAGAAACCAAGGAACCUCAGAAGCCUAAUCCCUGUCGUUUCUAUGUGAUGUCUAAGGAGAGAUACAGCAUCAUAUUCUCUUUUCUAAAAUCAUUACUUAGAGGGUAAAAACAAAGAAAUGAGUAAUUUUCUAAAAAUAAGCUUUGGUGCUGUGAUAAGAUGAAAAGAUAUAAGGCCUUGAUUCUGUGAAUUACUUGAUUUUAGUUAUCCAGCGGGCGGUAGUGACUGGAAUGAUAAGUUCUUGGUGCAGUGCAAUGGUGAGUGUACUGCAAGGGAAAGACACAGCUGCUGUUUCAGAUGUUUUAACUUAACUACUGUAGCCAGACCCAAUCUAUCAGAUGGUCAGGCUACACACCGAUGUCUUUCAGCUAUUAAUAGCUGCCUUUUCAAUUCUGUAAUGCAGAAGAUAUACCUGAUGCAUUUCCCUAUUUUUAUGUAGCAAUUCUGAUGAUUCUUCCUUUUCAUGAAAUCAAUAACAUGCUUUGUGCUAGCAUAUGUUUAACUUGUGCUGAAAACUGCCGAGUAAAACUGAACACACAGGAUACCUGAAUUUCAUAUUAGGUGCCAAGCAAUCUAGCUUUUCCUUGUUAAUUUUUCCUCUGGGUAGUAGAAUUUAAGAGAAAAUUCACUUCAGUGCCUACUGAAGUUAAUGAAGACAUUUUUCCCUGUUUGCUGUGGCUUGGAAUAAAGUCUUGGAAUAAAGACUUCGAUGUGGUAACAGCGGCACUGCAUUUCUGUUAGGUCAUGUAUUUCUGGAGGACUUCAGCAAUUAGAGUUCUGGACUGUGACUCGGGCACCUUUGUUGGGCAAGUCCCUCAUACUUCUUCCAGGAGUGCAAAGGGCAUCAUUUACCUACCUCUGUUAUAUGUCAGAACAACUUUAUCAUUGUGUCUUGUGUUAAAGAUUGCACAUUUACUCCUACUGAGCUCAGCUCUGAUUUUAGUCCUACAGUACCUGCCACUCUACAAAAAAAAUCGGGGCAGGGAGCUUCCCAGAGCAUCCCGUCUUUGGAGAUAUAAGGAAACAUUAUUACUGCCAUGCUGUGAAUGGAGAACUGAGGCAGAAAAACUGCCCAAGGUCACAUGAAACCAUAGUUUCUGAACUCCAGUCUGAGACCUUAGUUGGCAGACCUUGCUUUUUAUCAGAAUGAAAUAAGGCUAGAAAUCCUGAAUAGACCGAGCAGCAGAAAUUCUGUGAAAAGCCAGUACAAUUUUGUAAUUCUCACUUGCUCCUGCCUUGGUUUUCGCAUAUUUUCCAUGUUGCCUUUUGUUGGGACUGUGUAAUUGAGUCAUUUUACAAGUUAAAGCAUACCAAACCAGCUCCAUAAGAAGACUAAGAAAAAAGUCCUUUGUAGACAAAAUUCCACAUGCUUAAGUUAAUUAUGAAAAAUUUAAUAUUUCUAUGUUUCGGUGCUGGUGAAGCUAUUUAUAAUACAAUUCAUAUGAUGUUACUUAGACAUUACUGUAAGCUGUAACAGCAAAAUAUCUGAGUUUUUUUGAAUAUUUAUUACAGGUGUUAUUUUACAGUGGUUUUGAUUGUUGUAAAAUAAAAUAAAAUGACAUCUCAGAGCUGGGAGUUAUUUACAAAGACAUGGUAGAACUUAGAUAUAUAUAUUCUUCUUUAACUUUUUCUGCAAAUCUAUUCUACGGUUUAUAUGAUGCUUUCGAAGUACCCGUGUCACAUGUGGUAGGUAUUUAUAAGAUAAUUAUGCAGCUACAAUAGAAAAUACUCAAGUGAUCAAAUCUAAUUAGAAAGCAAAUGAAUCUGUUAUUGAAUUAGAGCAAUUCUCAUUUCCAUGGCUUUCCUAGAUUUCUCAUUCUGGCUUCCUGCAAUAUCUGGUGUAAUAGUAAUAAAGAGUAUCUUCUGUUCCUGAAUAUUUUUAUAAGCCCUGAAUUUCUCUGAAAUUCCUUCUGAAUACAAAGAAAAAAAGAUGGUUUGGAAUAGACAAAUAAGCCUUGAACAAUUUGAAGAAUUAUGCUAGAAAGAGAAAGUAUCCUGGAAAGGGCUUUAUGUAAUUUGAUGCAAGUGACCUUAUCAGCUUCUUCCUCUUCUUGAAACUAAUGUUUAUUUAAUACCCCAUUUCUUUGCUGUAUUUCCCCCAAAAUGCAUUACUGAGAUGAAGACACUGGCUGUUCCCAUUGUUUUCGAGCGAAUUGCAAACUCAUAGGUAAUCAGUUGCAUUUAAAGUGAAGAAAAACAGAUGUAUUGAGCAGAGCAGUACUGUUUGAGCAAGGAGAGUGCGCAGAGCUACUGGCCUAUACCACUCACUAAUUUAAAGGCUUUCUCGAGGGAUGGCAGACAAGGAUAGAGGAGGUCAAAGAAAUCAUUGAGGGUGAAAAACUUGCAGAUAUACAAGACAUUUAGAGAAGAUGCUGAUUAAUAUAAUGUAGACACAAACCCACAAGGAUCAGUCUGGGUCUGUGCUAUUCCUUAGCUGGCUCCUGCAGAGCAGCUUAGACGUCUCCAUAGACCCAUCUCUGAUAACCCAGGGGAGACUAUCGC